AUGUCUCCCAUGGCGGUGAUCAUCUCCCACCCGGCCCCCAGCGUGGUCAAGAUCACGCUGAAUCGGCCCCAGCGCCUAAAUGCACUCAACGCUGAGCUUCUCAAUGACUUAACUGAUGCAUUGCGCAAGCACGCAGACGCCCAUGUUAUCAUUUUGGAAGGCGCGGGGGAACGCGCGUUCUGCGCCGGCGAAGACCUUAAGGAAACCCUUGCCCCUCGCACGGGAUCUGCAGAGGAACUCCGCAUCGCUUUCAAUCUACUGCAGGAUGUCACGCGGCUGACAUCUUCAUCGUCCGCGAUUGUGGUGGCUGCCGUACAAGGCUACGCGGUGGGCGGCGGAGCAGAGAUAGCCCUGGCUGCAGACUUCGUCGUUGGCGGUCCAAAUGCCAAGUUUCGAUUUCCCGAAGUGACGCUGGGUCAUGCUGUGACAGGUGGCAUUUCGCUGCGACUAUCCCACAUGGUGGGCCUGCUGAAAGCCAAGGAGCUUCUUAUCCGUGGGCGAACUAUAGAAGCCCAGGAGGCGUUCGGAAUUGGUCUACUCACUGAAAUCGCCGAAGACCCGAAAGCACGCGCUACAGAGCUGGCGUUGGAACUUGCGCAGCUACCUAAAGCGGCUUCGUCCAGCCUCAAAACAUCCCUGGAGCGGGGUGUAUUCCCAAACAUGGAAUCGGCCCUACAUGAUGAGGUGAACGCCGCUAGUUACUGCUUUGCUCGGACAGAGGCAGCCAACGCUUUUAAAAACUUCGCACAGAGAAACCAAGCACAACCAAAGAUUCGUGACAUCAAUACGGCAAUGAAGAUGGCCGUCCGAAACUAUCCUACCAAAGUGUUCAUUCGAUGUCAGGGCCUGGACGUCACUUUCCAGGAUUUUGAUCGUAGCGUGGCCGCCCUCGCUAGCGGGCUAGGCAAAGCGGGAGUGAAAGCGGGCAAUCGAGUGCUUGUCAUGAUGCAGAAUAGUGUCGAGAUGGUGCUUACCUGGAUGGCUACUAACCGAUUAGGCGCAGUGUGGGUUCCCGUCAAUACCGAUUGGCGAUCGUUGACGUUGAAAAAUGCUGUCGCUGCAGCAGACGCGACCCUGGCAAUCGUGGACAACCAAUUUGCUGACCUGGUUGGAGCAACUGGGGCAAUUGACGGCAACUCUAUCUGGAUCCUUGGGAGUGGCAAUGCCCAGGACCUUUCCAAGCUCUAUCUUAGCGAAGAACCUUUGGAGGAUUCCUUCGCUGCAACACCGGCUACUGCCUCUGCAUUCUUGUAUACCAGCGGAACGACGGGCAAAUCCAAGCCCUGUAUACUCUCGCACGAAUACUUCAUCAUCCAGGCCACGCUCCUGAUAGAAAGCUGCAAGCUCCUGACCGAGGAUGUGCUUUACUGUCCAUUCCCAUUAUUCCACGCAGAUGCAACAGCACUCACCGUAAUUCCAGCCAUUCUCCUCGGUGCUACCGCAGCUCUGUCUCCCAGGUUUACGGCAAGUCGAUUCUGGGACGAGAUCCGUGGGACUGAAGCAACAGUAUACGAUUUCAUGGGGGCGACUCUAGCUUUGAUCUACAAGCAGCCGCCGGGCCCACGGGAUCGAGAGCAUCGAGUUCGGCUCGCUUGGGGUGUUCCAAUUCCAGCUUUUGCUGAGGAUUACGAGCAACGAUUCGGGCAUCCACUUCGUACCUUGUAUGGUAGUGUGGAAGCUAGCAUCCCCAUUGUGCAAGAAGGCCCUCUCGUUCCAGGAUCUUGUGGCAUGUUGCGUCCAGGAUACCAACUCCGCAUCGCCGAUCAGGAAGACGAGCCACUCCCUCCUAAUACACCGGGCCAGUUGUUGCUGCGCAGUGAAAACCCCAAUGCCUUCUUCCAGGGCUAUUUCAGUGACCCAGCAAAUACGGUCAAGGCGUACGCCAAUAUGUGGCUGCAUACAGGCGACAUCGCGAAGAUGGACGAACGCGGCAAUGUCUACUUUAUUGGCCGUAUCAAAGACAUCAUUCGACGCCGAGGGGAAAACAUCAGUGCCUCGGAGGUAGAAGAGGAGUUUCUACAGCAUCCUGAAGUCGUCAUCGCUGCUGCGUUUGCGAUUCCUAGUGAACUAGGAGCAGGAACUGAAGAUGAUCUGAAGGUCGUGGUGAAACUGCGUGAUAAGAGCACGACUGAUGAGCACGCCUUGUGGCAAUGGUCGCAGCAGCACAUGGCGCGGCACCAGGUGCCCACCGUGAUUGAGAUCGUGGAAGAGCUCAAACAAACGCCCACUGGGAAAAUUGAGAAAGGAUCGCUGACGAAAGAGGGCGGAACGAGGUUUACAACACGUCUGGCAAGACUGUAG